AUGGCUUCAACUCUGCUCCCCCUGGCAACCUUCUUCUUACUCCUCUCCGCUUCUUAUCUCCGGAUUGCUGGGGCAGAAGCAGAACCGUUGACCAGUCUCAAGCUUAAUUCUCCAAUUCUUCAGGAGUCUAUUGCUAAACAGAUUAACGAAAAUCCUGAAGCAGGAUGGGAGGCUGCUAUAAAUCCUCGUUUCUCCAAUUAUACAGUUGGACAAUUUAAGCGCCUUCUUGGAGUCAAACAAAUGCCCAAGAGCGAACUGAGAAGUAUACCCGUCAUUUCUCAUCCAAAAUCAUUGAAGUUGCCGAAGAAUUUUGAUGCAAGGACAGCUUGGUCGCAGUGUAGCACUAUUGGAAGAAUUCUAGGUCACCACCUACUUGCUCGUAAUCCUCCUAUUUUCACAGGUCACUGUGGUUCUUGUUGGGCAUUUGGUGCUGUCGAAUCAUUGUCAGAUCGCUUUUGCAUUCAUUUUGAUGUUAAUGUUUCUCUAUCUGUUAAUGACCUUCUUGCAUGCUGUGGCUUUCUGUGUGGAUCUGGAUGUGAUGGAGGAUAUCCCUUAUAUGCAUGGCGAUAUUUAGCCCACCACGGUGUUGUCACUGAAGAGUGUGACCCAUAUUUUGAUCAAAUUGGCUGUUCUCAUCCUGGUUGCGAGCCAGCUUAUCAGACUCCCAAGUGUGUUAAAAAAUGUGUAGAUGGGAACCAGUUUUGGAAGAAGUCAAAGCACUUUAGUGUCAAUGCCUACAAUGUCAAGUCUAAUCCCUAUGAUAUCAUGGCAGAAGUGUACAAAAAUGGGCCAGUAGAGGUUGCAUUCACUGUUUAUGAGGAUUUUGCUCACUACAAAUCAGGAGUUUACAAACACGUCACAGGUUAUGCACUGGGCGGUCAUGCAGUAAAGCUAAUUGGGUGGGGAACAACUGACGAUGGGGAUGACUAUUGGCUUCUCGCAAAUCAGUGGAACAGAGAAUGGGGAGAUGAUGGUUACUUCAAGAUCCAAAGGGGGACAAACGAAUGUGGGAUUGAAGAGGAGGUAACUGCUGGUUUGCCUUCUACCAAAAACCUCGUAAGAGAGGUGACUGAUAUGGAUGCUGACGCUGCUAUGUUGCUUUCUCAAAUAAAGAAUGAAAGUGAUGGAACAUUGCUCCUAAAAGAGGGCGUAGAGGAAAACGCUAGUACGGUGGAUGGACAAAGCGCAUCUUGCACCCAAGCGAAGACAGAGAAGAGAAUAUUCAGAGCAUAA